AUGGCUCCAAGAACUAACAUCAACCAGAACGCAUGUACCAAUGGAUCAACAUCUAGGCCAUUGAUCAACGCAGUCAACACUGGGCGUAUAGAAUUGUCAAAUCCAAUGAUUGCUCCUAGACCAGAAAAUAUGUCAAUUCCAGUGUCAGAGUUUAAUGAUGUAGUCAGUCUUCUCGCUACACUCAAUGACAAAAUGAUAGCCAUUAGUUCCGAUGUUAGUGAAUUGAAAGUACCAUGCCAGGUGGGUGCUCAAUCGACUGGCAUGCAAGCCAUUCUGGAUUCUGAUAUGGAUUCUCAGGACAUCAUAAGCAGCUCAAGACACCCAAAGAUCUCAAGUAUUAUUUGGGGGCGGUUAAGAGAUAUUAAUCUUAAGACAGAUGAUUUGGAGUUGAUCAGAGAGAAUGAUGAUAAACCAACUUGGGAUGUCAAUGUUGGUUUGUCUGACGAGUUUAACAAGAAUCUUGCAAGUGAUUUGAUGCUUUACAUUCGUUGUCAACCUGUAGCAGCCAUGGUACCACCAAAAGAGCUAUGUGUAAGCUUACUGAAGAAGACAGAUAGACAAACACUACCUCAAACAGAAGAGGAAAUAGAAAGACUGCUGAGAAAAAGAACGUACACAAAGCAUAAGGAUGCCGUCACUGAAAAGUUUAAUCGGGAUUAUAAUGGCGUUUUUUACAGAGAUGCAAUGUCUGGUGAUGAGACAGAAACCAAUACUUCUGUUGUUGCAUCUCGUCCUGAUUGGCGUAGUGAUGAGUUGAAUACCGUGUUUGACUUUCUUGAUGAGCUCGCCAGAGAUGACUUGGGAAAAAGAGCAACGCAGUUAAAGUUGCGGAGUCAUGUGUUAGUACACGAGACAAUUCCUCAUGGCUUGGUCACAAAAAUGCCUACGUGGUCAAAACGCAUAGAGUAUUUUAUUAAGCGUACAGCUUUCUUGGCAGAGGAAUAA